ACUCGUUCGGGACUUCAAAGCUAGAAAGGAUAGUUUCCUUUGCUAACUACUACUACUAAUUACAUAACUCUUUCGUGUUUCUUGUGUUUGAAUUUUUUUUUCUUCAACUUGCCAUAUUUUCUUCUUCAAAACUGAAAAGGACAUUAGUUCUCAAAAAGAAUUUUUACAAACUUUAAUAAAUUUUAAAAAGUAUUUGGAAGAACUUUUUUUUUUCGCUGAAGGAAAGAAAAUGACAUCGUUGUAAUGGAAAAGUGGAAAUCGGAGAAAGUAUCUAGCAGGAACUGCAUCGGAAUGUUUUUAUUGUUGAUUUUCAUGUCUACUGGAUGGGAUGUUUGCUUCGCUACAGCUAAAGCAGGCAUUCCUGGAAUAAAGAUAAAACCUGUCAACAGUUUAGAUGAUACAACAGAAUAUCCAGAGAUUCAAGCUGUCAUUGGGUCCACCGUCUCCCUGCCUUGCAACCUGAGCCCCCCAUCGAACGAUGACGUAAUCUCUUUAGUUUUGUGGUACAGAUUGGACUUGCCUAAUCCCAUUUAUACCCUGGACUCCCGCAGCGCACCGUCGGCAGACAUGGCAAAACAUUUCUCCAGUAAAGUUCUGGGUUCGAGAGCUUAUUUCAAUGUGAGUCGAAGAAGCCUGGCUCAUCUCAAGAUUGAUCCAGUCGAAGAAGACGAUGCCGGAGAGUACAGAUGUAGAGUUGACUUUAAGCGAGGAAGAACUAUGAGUAGACUGGUCAAACUGAAUGUGAUAGUUCCUGUGAAGAAAGUGAGCGUCCGAGGACGUGACAAUGGAACCUAUUCUGGAUUAAUUGGCCCUUUCACUGAAGGAGACAGUUUGGUACUGAUUUGUGAAGCCAGAGGAGGAUUUCCGAGACCCACCGUAACAUGGCACAGAGGAACGAGACUACUGCAAGGAUCCGUCUCAGUGGACGAUCAUGGUGUUGUUAGAAAUGAGUUGUAUUUUAAUCGACUGAGAAGAGAAGAUCUACUAAUAGUGCUCACCUGUAGAGCUUCUAAUAACAACGUGUCCGCGCCUGUUUAUGCUACAGUUUCUUUGGAUUUGAAUCUGAAACCACAAAGUGUCCAAAUUACCACUGUCCCUACUGUACUGAAAGCGGGUCAACGGGUGGAAGUCAACUGCCAGAGCGAGGGAUCCAGACCACCUGCCAGAAUAUCAUGGACCAAAGGAUCUGAGAGGGUGGACCACCUGGCGAUCCAGAACACGUUCGGAAGCAUCUCUGUCAGCACCCUGAGUUUCGUCGCUAGUGGGGAUGACAACGGUAAAAAGUUGACCUGCGAAGCUCAAAACCCAAAACUUCCAGAAAGUGCCUUACGCGAUAGUUGGACUCUUAAUGUGUUAUAUCCUCCUCAACUGUCUCUUGUGUUUGGUGCAAGCGUACAGUACGAACAUAUCCGUGAAGGUAGUGAUGUCUAUUUCGAAUGCAACAUUCAAGCCAACCCCCCAGUCAGCGAAGUUAAGUGGUUGUUUAACUCGAAAAACCUUAUUCAUGAUUCGCUAAGAGGGACCAUCGUGAGGAAUCAUUCGCUGCUGCUCCACAAUGUGGGUCGACGUAACCGAGGGACCUACCAGUGCCUCGCAUCCAAUGCUCAGGGUAGAGGACGAAGCGAAGAAGUGGUUCUUAGGGUGCAGUAUUCACCUAUAUGCAGUGAAAGACAGCGAAGAAAUUAUGGUGUUGCCAAAAACGAAGAGGUAAAUGUGCUGUGUUCAGUUGACUCAGAUCCUCAGGAAGUAGUCUUCAAGUGGGUGUUUAAUAGCAGUCUGUCCGAGACGACGGACGUGUUUUCUUUCGUGAAUAAUGGAACGGGCAAAAGUGUUGCCAAGUUCACUCCCAAGGCCAAAACAGAUUAUGGUGCUCUUUACUGCUUUGCAAGAAAUGAAGUUGGCAACAUGCGAGACCCUUGUAUCUUCAAUAUUGUACCUACAGGACCUCCAGAACCACUUCAAAACUGCACCAUCACCAACCAGUCUUUCAGCUCCCUUUCCCUGUCCUGCGACAUCGGUGAUGACGGCGGCAGCAAGCAGUCUUUUCACCUUGAAAUCUACAGUAUGAGAAGGGAGCAGCUCCUGGCAAACGUAACAUCGCACGAUAAUCCCAGCUUCAUCGUCAGGGGGCUUCCUGCGGGCACUUCUUUCAUCGUGGUGGUGUAUUCUUCCAAUGCCAAGGGAAGGAGUACUUCAGUCGCAUUAACGGCGUCGACGUUAUUUUCUGCUGAAAGGCAAACAGAAGAUGAGAACAAAAGCGUCGUCAGUGCAGUGCUUUUGGUCUCUCUGGCUGCUUUAGGAACCUUAGCUCUCCUUGCCGUGGCGGCGGUGGUAGCAGUAGUCAAAAACAAAUCAAGAAGCUCUUCCAACGAGGUUGCCACAACUGGCCAGGAGAUGGUUGAAAAAAACCCGAAACCAUCGAAACCUGCAUUUGAAGAUGGCAACCCCUACGUAUAUCAUACACGGGAAGUCACCACAGAUUACGUUCACUUGACUCCUAAAUCUGCAUCCGAGUGCAUAUACGAAAGACUGAUGGACGGCAAACCCUCUUCAUACGAGACUGUACUCUGCAGGUCCCAUGUUUUGAAUGAAGAGGGCAUAGAAGUCAUUAUUCCUGUCAUAGAACGGUGACGGUCCCAGACAGUCUAAGACUUUCAACUUCCAUCAUCAUCAUCUGAAGACGGUUUCCCCUGUAUUGACGUUUCUAACAGAUCUCCUCACAGAUGAAGACAAGUGCUUUUCGCAUGUCAUAUUCAUGUUUCGCCAACGAGAGAAGAGUGCAUGCUGGGAGUUUGUGUAAGACAGGUUGUAAAGAAAAGAAUUGUAACUCGACGGCAAGUGUUCAGUGAUUCAAGUACAUCUUUAAAGCAUUGUCUUCUCUGUACCUAUGUUCAAGAUAUCUAUUUUUGUAACAAUCGAG